AUGUCAGUUCUGCCGCCCAAUUACAACCUCGAGGUUCCCAAAACUGUCUGGCGCGUGCGACAAGCGAAAGCGCGCUGCGUGGCACUGCAGCUUCCGGAAGGCCUCCAGAUGUUCGCGACGACCCUGUGUGACAUUAUCGAGCGGUUCGGCGGCGCGGAAGGCUGCGUGAUUCUAGGCGACGUGACGUACGGCGCGUGCUGCAUCGACGACGUUACCGCAGCAGCGCUUGGCGCGGACUUUCUGGUGCAUUACGGGCACAGCUGCCUGGUUCCGUUGGAUCAUACGGUCAUUCCGUGCCUCUACGUGUUCGUCGAUAUCACCAUCGACGUGCCGCAUUUUAUAGACACCUUGAAGCUUAAUUUCCCGUCAACAGACCAUCUUGUACUCGCUGGCACCAUUCAGUUCACAGCAGCGGUGCACGCGGCCAUAUCGGCUCUCCCAGGCCACUUAAGGGGCAUUCCUGCUCCCUUCCCCACUUCCCGCUCUCCCAGGCACCAUUCAGUUCACAGCAGCGGUGCACGCGGCCAUAUCGGCUCUCCCAGGCCACUUAAGGGGCAUUCCUGCUCCCUUCCCCACUUCCCGCUCUCCCAGGCACCAUUCAGUUCACAGCAGCGGUGCACGCGGCCAUGUCGGCUCUCCCAUGCCACUUACGGGGCAUUCCUGCUACCUUCCCCACUUCCCGCUCUCCCAGGCACCAUUCAGUUCACAGCAGCGGUGCACGCGGCCAUAUCGGCUCUCCCAGGCCACUUAAGGGGCAUUCCUGCUCCCUUCCCCACUUCCCGCUCUCCCAGGCACCAUUCAGUUCACAUCAGCGGUGCACGCGGCCAUAUCGGCUCUCCCAGGCCACUUAAGGGGCAUUCCUGCUCCCUUCCCCACUUCCCGCUCUCCCAGGCACCAUUCAGUUCACAGCAGCGGUUCACGUCGCCAGAGCAUCCCUCUCAGGCCACUUCAGAGGCAUCACGGUGCAUCAGGCCAAGCCUCUGUCCCCCUUCCCUUCGUUUCCCAAUCUCUCCCCCCCUUGCUUCCCUUCUCCCUCUCUCUUUCCCUUUAGGCACCAUUCAGUUCACAGCAGCGGUCCAUGCGGCCAAAUCAGCCCUCUCAGGCCACUUCCAAGCCAUCACAGUGCCUCAGGCCAAACCACUGUCUGGAGGAGAGGUGCUUGGAUGCACCGCUCCCUCGCUCUCUCCCUCGUUCGAGGGGGUAGCAGCAACAGAAGCAGCAGCAGGAGGAGCAAGGGUCGCAACAGGAACAGGAGAAGUAGCAGCAGCAGCAGCAGCAGCAGCAGCAGCAGCAGCAGCAGCAGCAGCAGCAGCAGCAGCAGCAGCAGCAGGAGGAGGAGCAGGAGGAGCACGAGCAGGGGCAGCAGCAGCAGCUGGGGCAUGUGGUUCUGGUCCAGAUGCGCUGGUUUUCGUGUCAGACGGUCGGUUUCACCUCGAAGCCAUGAUGAUCGCAAAUCCCACCCUCCCAGCAUUUCGCUAUGACCCCUACACCCGCACCCUCACUCGCGAGCGCUACGACCAUUCAGGCAUGCGAAAUGCGCGGCGGCUGGCGGUUACCCGGGCGAGCAGGGUGCGGGGGAAGCGGUGGGGUGUUGUGCAGGGUACCCUUGGUCACCAGGGUAACCCGCGCACUGUGGACCACUGCGUGAGGAGGAUCCGCGCUGCGGGCGGCACGCCGGUGGUGUUUCUCGUCUCGGAGCUGACUCCGGAAAAGGUGGCGGCGGUGGGGGUGGGGUCUGGUGGGAUGGCUGGGGCUUGUGUAACAGAAGCUGUUGGUGACGUGGCAGGAGCCGGUGUUGACGUGGCAGGAUCAGUUGGCGACGUGGAUAGGGCCCUCGGUGAGCUGUCAAUAGGAGGAGGAAGCAUUAAGCAUGGCAGCACAACAAGCUUCGACAAGGAGAGUGGGCGAGGGACAGGCAUCGAUGCGUGGGUGCAGGUGGCAUGUCCGAGACUGUCCAUAGACUGGGGGGAGGCCUUUACUGCCCCCAUGCUCACUCCCUAUGAGCUUGAGGUUGCACUGGGGUUCGCUUCCCCCUGGUGGGGAGGCUGCUUCUGUGACAGUGACUCUAACGUCCAGGGGGGUUGUAACGAAGGUGAUUGUACAGAGCGUGGUUCUGGGAGUGUUGCUACAGGAGAUGGAAAUGGGUCGCAAGAGGACCAGCUGCAACGGUGCAAACAGUGCGGAGCUUGUAAAGGGGAUAAGAGGGAGAGGGUGUACCCCAUGGAUCACUAUGCCAGGGAUGGCGGCCCUUGGAAUGCUUCUUACAUGCCUAAAAGAGCUGCUAGAGGGCCCCCGAAGAUAACAUCUGCACCUGCUUCUCUGCCUGCUUCACCAACUGCUGCAACACCUGCUGCACCACCGACUGCACCGCCUGCUGCUCUGCCUGCUGCGCCUACCAGCAGCCGCAUCGACUACAGCAAGUGGGAUCACUUCGAGGCCAGCAGCGACGAGGAGGAGGAGGAGUUUCAAGAGGAUGAGGAUGAGGAUGAAGAGGAGGAAGGGGAGGAUGACGAGGAGGAGGAGGGGUUGGAGUACGUAUUGGGACCGGACCUGAGUUCAAGAGGGGCAGCUGGAAAGAGUGGCGGAGGAAAGGGGAAGGCCGAGGCAGUUGCUGCUGAGAAAGGGACCACGAAGCACGAGGAAACAGAUUCUGGGAAAGGAAGCAGCAAUGACAAAAAAACAGCCCCGAUGCAACAGGCGUCAUCAGGUACAGCCAAACCAGAAAAGGCCAAGGCCGAGAGAGCAGAGCGAGAGGAAACAGGCGGUGUGCCGAAACGACCAGAGGAGGAGCAGCAGGAGGAUGUCCAGCUGCUGGAUCGAACGGACAUGGUUCACUAUCUCGACGCGAGGAACGGCUGGGAUGUCGCCGCCUGCGAGCCGUGCUUCGAUCGUGUGGUCUCCCGCCGGACAAAGCUCGCCCUGGGGAUCCACAGCCUGAGGGACUUCCGCUCAACCCUCCGGCGGCACGUGAAAGAAUCUGUCCCGCUCGCACCAUCAGCCUGUCAGGCAUCAUCAGCAGCCCAGCAUGCAGCGGCAGCAGCUCAGCAGGCGAAGGCACGGGCGAUUGAAAAGUUCUCCUCGGGAGUUCCUUUGCCAGAGCGGGCGCUGGGAGGGAGGCAAGGAGUGCAGUCCUCUCGAGAGCGGUACAAAUGGAAGUGCGAGCGGGCGGCGGGGGUUUGUGCAGAGGCGAUGGUGUUAGAGUGGAUGACUGAGCCGCGUGUGGGUGUGCUCAUGGACCUGGGGAUGAUCAGAUCCCGCCUGCCGGCCAUUCUAGGGGCCCACAUGGACUCGGACUCUGCCACGUUCCCAGGGGUAAUGGGUCAUUUGGGGGCGGGCAGGCAGGAGAAGGAGGAUCAGCUAGCUUCCUUGCUGGUACAGGUGCUCGGGGUGAAGGAGGCCAGUGAGCUGAAGGAGGGAUUUGGGUUUUUCAUGCAGAAUUUGCUGUCUGGGGGGGUGAGGGAGCGUGGGGAGGGGGAGAGGAGGGAAGCGAGAGCAGGGGCGGCGGGCGGGGGGGCAGGAGGGGGGGUUGUUGAGCAGGCACGAGAGGAGGGAUGGCGGAUGUUUGAGGAGAUGAUGGGGAUGAUGCGCAUGAUGGGUGCUAGUGAUGCGCCCACAGCGGCCGAUGUGAUGACGAGGAUGCGGCAUGUCAUGGGGGUGGACGGGGAGGAGGAGGGGGGUGGCACGGUGGUGUGUAUGGUGGAGGGGAGUGAGGCCAGGGCGAGGGGAGGGAGGCGUGGUGAGAGUGCUGGGAGGAAGGCUGGGAAGGAUGGUAAGUGGAGGGAGCACCUGAAAGGGCCUGUGUGGGAGAGGUAUGUGGAUGGCAUGGCUUGGAUUCUGGUGCAUGGAGGGGGGGAAGGGAGGGAGUUCAGGUGCAGCCACUGCAGUGACGGGGGCAGCAGCAGCAGCAGCAGCAGCAGCAGCAGCAGCAGCAGUAGCGGAAUAAGCAGCAGUGGGACCAGCAGCAGCAACAGCGGCAGCAGUAGCAGCAAUGGCGGCGUCGGCAGCAGCAGCAGCUUGGACAGCAGGGGUGCUCCCAAGGGCAUGUAUCUGAGCGGCGUGGGCGCCACCGAAUUCGCCCUUGCAUUCGCCACUGUGAUUUCAGAAAGCGGGCAGCACAAGCAGGGCGAGGUGUUCUGCAUGGACGCAGAGAGUGUGAACAAGUCGAAUGUAGAAGAUGCAGCGAUCGAGGAGGCACGAGAGAGGCUUCUCAGGGAGAAGAAGGUGGGAAGGGAGGUGGAGGUGGGAGUGGGAGGUGCCAUAGCUGAUGCAGCAGCUGCAUUGUCGGUCGUCAACAACACAAACCCGCCGCUCACUGGCCCACCCGCCCCUUCCCUCAUCCCUGUCAACACGAACCCGAUCGUCUCAGCAAUGGCGUAUCGGGUCGGCUGUAUCCUGCAGUGGGUGCGAAUCUACGGCUCAGAUUUCAUCUCAUCUAGGGGGUGCUUCAAGGCUAGGCCUCAGGGAAAAGUCCUGCCCUUGCGGCACCCGCUUAGGGACCUUCCGAGCGUGCUGGUGAGGCUCGGAGCCAUUCCCAAGCCUCUGCCUUGGAAGCAAUUUGAUUCGGAGUGGGAGGAGUGGCCACGUGGAGAGGAAGAUGCAGUGAAGUUUCCUGACGAUCAGAGUGUGCGGUGUUUCCAUCUGGGGAUUGUAGAGGAGGCGGGGGAGGGAGAUCAGGAGAACAGGGGAAGCAGCAAGGGCGGUGACAGGGGGAGCGGCGGGGGUAGUGGCGGGGGUAGUGGCGGGGGGAGCGGCAAAAGGCGUGGGCAGGGACGUGACAGGGGGAGUGGCGGGAAAGGGGGAGGGGGAGCGCACCCCUCCAGAGCACCAGCACCAGCACCAGCUCAGAACAGAGCCAUGCCCAUCGUGCGCUGUGCAGCAGACGCUCAUUUCCUGGUGGAGUUCGCCGGGCAUCAGGUCUACCCCCCCGCGUGCGCCCGCUGCCGCUCGUGCCUGGACCAGUUCACCUACCACAUCCCCUUCCUCACCCUCCUCGCCAAUUUCGCCUACCGCCCCGCCACCGUCCUCCUCAACCGCUUCCUCUCUGUCUUUCCCCCCCAUUCGCCGGAAUUCGCUAAGCUCGUGGACCUUCUUCUGUUAGAGCCGUUCCCUCGGGGCACCUGUGCGGCAUUCCAGGUGCACGUGGUGAGGGAGAGAGCAGAGGAGCUUCCCGUUCACUUUUUGCUCAACGUGGCUCUGAACUGGCCGAAUGCGAUGCUGCAGGUCGAGGAGAUUGGGAUGGUCGGUCGGGACGAGUGGAAAGGGGAGCUGCUGGGGGGGGCGGACGGGAGGAAGGCAGGGAGAAGGACGCGUGGGGGUGGUGGGGGAGGGAGAGGAGAGGAAGGGGGGGAGGAGGAGGAUGAUGGGGAGGUGUGGGAGGAGGUGAAGGACUGGGGCUUUGCGGUGCUGAUUGCGUGGAGGACGGAUGCGAUGACCGAUCUGAUCGACGACUGCAGACGAGGCAGCAGCAGCGGGGGGCCGCCACGCAAGUGCAGCAAGGACGUGGCGACAGAGCUGUGCAACAGGGUGCGGCGUGGUGGAAGGCGGUUGUGUGAAGCUGAGGAGUUGCUCUGGGUGUGGCAGGGUGGCGUAUUGCGGCAGGGAGUGCCAGAAGGCCCACUGGCCCUCCCACAAGCUCGCAUGCCCGGGCAGGGCUGGUGGGAAGAAGAAUGA